AUGGCUACUCGCGGGCGAGGUCGAGUACGUUCAUGUGAGAGUAAGAACGAGCUACCGGCGGACAACCAUGCCGAAUUCAUGGCGGCGAUGGAGAAUCUGGCCAACACUAUGGAGGCGAAUGCUGCUGCGACUCUGCAAGCUGUGCAGAGGCUAGGUCAACCGGCCGGGAACAGCAACGGAAACGGGAAUAGCAACGAAAAUGUGAACGGUGAAGGGAAUGCUCAUGCUAACGCUGAAGGAAACGGAGAUAACAUAGGAGGCAUUCCGAUGACUUUGGCAACCUUCCUCAUGGUUCAUCUACCAACAUUCCGAGGAUCAACUAAUCCCACUGAAGCGGACCAUUGGUUCCAAGCCAUGGAGCGUGCUUUACAGGCACAUCAUGUUCCAUACAAUCAGUAUGUGGAGUUUUCUGCUUAUCAGCUUGCGGGAGAGGCCCAGCCUUGGUGGCAAGCAGAGUGUCGCUUGCUACAACUACAGAAUGCUGAGGUUCUGUGGGAUGUGUUCCGAACGGCUUUUUACAAGAAGUACUUCCCUGAGUCUGCAAGGGAAGUGAAGGAGAUGGAGCUUAUGCAGUUGAAGCAAGAUUCCAUGUCUGUGGCUGAGUACACCAACAAGUUUGAAGAGCUUUGUAGGUUUUUUCGGGUGUGUCAGGGUGACCCGGAGACCUUCGAGAGCUGGAGGUGUAUUAAGUACCAGAGGGGUUUGAAGGAUAGCAUUAUGACUGCUGUUGCUCCUAUGGAGAUCCGUGUCUUCUCCGACUUAGUGAACAAAGCAAGGGUGGUGGAGGAAUAUGCCAAGACAGUGGCUGCGUCCAAGGACACUCAUAGAGGAGGCAGCAGCAGAGGGCGUGGCAAGUAUCACCAUCCGAGGGGUCAGAGUUUCGAGAGAGGAGGGUACGCCCACCAAGGUCAAGGAGGUUUCAGGAAGAACACUCAUGAUCGGUUUCAGCGUGGUAAGGGAAGAGGGAGCCAGAGUGGGUGCUUUAAUUGUGGAUUGCCUGGUCAUAUCGCGAGGGAUUGA